AUGGUCCCUGGUCGGACAUGUAUCUUGGUCGUUAACACCAUCGCACUGGUUUUCCAAAUUUUCUACAUGAGUGUGUUUUUGAAAUUCGUGGAGACCAAGAAGUCGACUUCUACCCUAUGCGGAACAGUGUUGGCUCUCUACAUCGUCACGGUGAUAGAUAAGUCCAAGGUUCAAUUCUAG